CAGCUUGAGUUUACUAUUUGUAAUUUGUAUUUGAUAAUUUAUAAUUCUGUUAUCAUAUUGUUAUUAUUAGAACAAAUUCUUUUUAUUAAGUUAUUUCUUCUUAAUAAGAAUUGAUAGAACACUUUUUUGAAUUUGAGUGGCUUCGAUUACAUCUAAUUUAUUUGUAUUAAAACAAACUGUCAAGACAAUAAUGUUUGUAGCGGAGGCAACAAUUGAUUCUGGACGUUUUACAACAAAUUUACAAUCCAUACAAUUUGGUCCAUGGCAUAUAUCGUACGACAUUAGUUGUAUACUGCCCAGCAUGUGUUCUACUAAAGUUGUUUGUGAACGGAAUGAUAAUCAGUUUUGUCAAUUUUGUAUAUACUGUAAAGAACUAAGUCUGCCACAUUUUCCUGACAUGGUAUUUCCAAAAAAUAUCUUAAAGUUGGAACAUAAGAGUGGUUCUAAGAUACAUUUCAGUCCAUUAGAUGCUCUACGCAAAGUUUCAAGUAAAGUACAAGCUAUUGAAGUAGCCUGUGCUGAAGCUUGGCUGGAAUCACGACCAGAUGCAGAAAAACCAAAGAAGACAUUUGAUUGGACCUUCUCAACAGAUUAUAAAGGUACUUUAUCCGACAACAUCACCAUAGAGCCCACGGACGAGACCAUAAAUUUUGAUCUGUUGAAACGCAAAGACCAAAUUCUUUUCUAUCAUGAUCUCACACUGUUCGAAGAUGAGCUUCAUGAUCAUGGCAUUUCAAAGUUGUCAGUGAAAAUUAGAGUAAUGCCAUCAUACUGGUAUGUGUUAUUGAGAUAUUUUUUAAGAGUUGAUGAUGUCUUAGUGCGGUCUCAUGAAACCAGGAUGUUUCAUAUGCUUAAUUCCGACUAUGUUCUACGAGAAUAUACUAUUAAAGAAGCAAGAGCACAGGAUAUAAAUAUUCCUACAUCUCAAAUGAAAGAAGCAGACGAUGUUAUACCUAUUCUCCCAGUUAAAGAGAAAAUAAUGGAAAAAUUGAUUGUAAACUUAGAAAAAGAUUGAUGGUGUUUUUUUAAUGAUCUCAACUUAUAUGUCUAAGCAAUAUAGUUUUAUUUAUAAAGUGCUAAAUACGAAC